AGAAACCCAUAAAUUAUUUGUAAGUGAAUCAUUGAAUUAUUGAUAUUCUUCUACGUUUACAUAUAUCUUUCAUCUUAGCCCCCAUUGUCUUCCAUCUCAAUUCGUGUAAGCAGAAAACAGCUUCUGGCUUAAUUUAAGCUGUUACAAUGGAAAACUACAAGCAUGGGGAAGAUGAGGAAGCUGGUGCUCUGGCCUUGGCUGCUUGUGUCUCUCAUAUCUUCCCCAUGGCUUUGGACGCCGCCAUUCAACUUAACCUCUUCGAGAUCAUCGCCAGGGCCGGCGUUGGCGCCCAACUCUCCCCUUCUGAUAUCGUGUCCCAACUUCCGACCAGCCACGACGGAGCAGCCGCCGUGCUUGAUAGCCUGCUCCGGCUGCUGGCCACCCACUCUUUGCUUACUUGUUCCGUGAGCAGACUUGAGAAUGGGGGGACUGAAAGGCGUUAUGGACUUGCUCCGGCCGGGAAGUUCUUCGUCGGAGAUGAGAAUGGGGUGUCAUUUGCUCAGCUUCGAGCACUCACCGGUGGGAAUGAAAGACAAUUCAGUUUAAAAGAUGCAGUUCUUGGAGGAGGAAACUUAACUGAAAGAAUUUAUGGAAAAUCUAACUAUGAAUUAAUAUUGUCGAAUUCGGAAAGUACUAAGGUGAUGUACGACGGCAUGAAAGCCCAUUCUACGGUGCUCAUGAAAAAAACUGUCCAAGUAUAUGAUGGUUUUUCGAGUUUGGGUUCAAUAGUGGAUGUUGGUGGUGGCAUGGGUACUGCUCUUGGUAUCAUCGUUGCAAAGUAUCCUCAUAUUAAGGGCAUUAACUUUGAUUUACCACAAGUUGUGCAAAACGCCCCAUCCUAUAAUGGCGUAGAGCAUAUUGGUGGGGAUAUGUUUGUUGAAGUACCAAAAGGAGAUGCCAUCUUACUCAAGUAUAUUCUGCACAACUGGAAUGACGAGAAAUGCAUUAAGCUGCUAAAAAAUUGCUACGAAUCAUUGCCAAGCAAGGGAAAGUUGAUUGUGAUGGAUUAUAUUCUUUCGAACAGUUCAAAAACUGAUGUUCAUGCAAAAUAUGCUUCUGGCAUGGACAUUAUCAUGGUGAUGAAUCUGGAAGGGAAGGAAAGAACAAAGGAUGAGUUUGAAAUCCUUGCAACAAAAGCUGGAUUCGCAGAGUUUAAGGUUGUUUGUUACGUGUAUGGUAUGUGGAUAAUGGAGCUCAUCAAAUCUAUUUAAACUCAUAAUUGCCAAAUUACUUUCUUAUUUCUCCACGAGUGUAUGAAGUUUUCUUAUCAAAUUAUGGUUCGACCAUAUAUUUUGAUAUUGUAAUAAAUUCGAUUUUUCGAUCCUUAAUCGAUAUCAUUGUUGUUGUUGUUA